GCUCUUGCCCCAACCGAUGCCACAGAUGUGCGUGAAGUCGCUUCAGCUGCACCGGAGCCCAGCUCAGUGCCACCUGCACCGGAGCCCAAGGCGGCGCCGGAGCCCAAGGCGGCGGUGGACGUGGUGGUGCCGGACGCCGUGCCGCCGGUGGCGACGCCCGCACGAGCUCGGCCCAAGAGGGAGGACUCGGGACUGGCCCGUGGUUUCCUGAACAAAGCGCCCAAGAAGGCGAAGAAAACCGACUCAACGAAGCCGGAGGUGAGGCCGCAGACGACGACCCCUGCUGUGGCCGAGACCGCUUCUGCCUCGGAGGAAAUCGCACGAGAGGAGCAGGCGGGCGUCCGCUUCUUCCAUGCCUGCGACUUCCGGGAAGCCAAGGGCUGCUUCGAACGCAUGCGGCGCAAAGCCAACGAAGCCCAGCUGGGCAAAGAGGAGGGGCAAGCGUAUCGGCUGUUAGCCAAUGCAUUGGACAAGCUCAACACGCCGACGGAGGAGAUCCACUCGGCUUACAAGGAGGCGAUGCGAUUGGCCCACAAGCACGACGACAUGCAGUUGUCCUUCAACGUGCUCACUGGGAUGGGCUCCCACGAGGUGAGGAUGGAGAACCUAGAAGAUGCCGAACAUUUGUAUUUCCAGUCGCUGAUGCUGGCGAAACGUGUGUUGUCCUCACAUGAGGAGGCCAUUGCCGAAGGCAACUUGGGCGUGUGCCUGGGCCAGAUGGAUGGCCGUCGUGCAGAAUGUCUCGAGCACUUCCAGAAAGCCAUCAAGCUCCACGAUGGCAGCAACUCCCACAGCGUGGUGACACUCUUGGCCAAUUAUGCCUCAGCUCUUUGUGCAGAUGAGAGGUACCAGGAGGCGCAAGGCCAGUAUGAGGCGGCCUUGAAGCUGGCCCGUCGCAUCGGAGACCGGCGCGUGGAGAUCAACAUCCUCACGAACUUGGCCAAUCUCUGCGAAAAUGUCCUGUCCUUGCCCGAGAAAGCACGACUCUACCGGGCCGCGCUGAAAGGGCACGCCGAGGGCAAGGAGAUUUGUGCUAUUUGCUUGGACUCUUUGGAGAACGGCCGCCCUCAGAUCGUCUUGCAGUGUAACCAUAUCUAUCACAGCGACUGCUUUGAGGGUGUCCUCUCCAGCGAGUCCGAAAGCCGCAGCCGAUGCCCGCAGUGCCGGAACUCGCACUCCAGCUUCGCCGCAGCGUGA